AUGCCAACUUCCCCCACCUACACUCCUUUGGUCCCUCGACCUGGCUGCAGUACAGACAGCGGCGGCGAUGGUUUUACUGAAUCUGACCUUGAAGAUGAAGAGCAGGCCGAGGCCUUGCCUUUUGUCACUACUUCAGAUGGCGGAGGUGGUGGUGACUCUUCAGAAGAAGUAGGAAUGUGGCUGAGCGGAGCGAUGGCAACUCCAAACGGUCAGCAAUACAUUACUCCUGCCAGCCAUGCUACCGGAGCCCACUCAUCCUAUCUUUCUGGCGUCCUGAAUUAUUUGUCAGAUACGAAUGACUUUGGUCCUAAUCCAGUUAACGGUGGUCUUGAUUCAAUUUCGAUGGAGCCGAGGAAUACGAACACCAUCCUCUUUAGUCUAGGAUAUUCAGAUAUCGAUGUAAGAAGAGCCUUGCGUGUCGCCCGAUUCGACCAUGCCCUGGCCCGGGACAUUCUGCAAGAGUUCUGCAGACCUCAGGACGUGGGCGAUGUCUAA